UAAUUUCCUGGCUGACCAAUGAAGCGGCCCUACCUGGCGACAUCUUGCCACCCGGCCCAAGGGUCAAUUCACGGCCGUCACGCUCAAUGACUCGCUUCAGUGGACGCCAUCUUCCACGUUCAUCAGCCAAAAUGUGCACACAUCAUCCAACCAGACAACCAGGAAGACCAGAAGAUAGUGACACUGUUGCCCUUUCGGGACUUUUUAAUCUGCUAAAUCUCGACGUCCCUCGCUCCCUCCCUCAAAGGACCCAGCUUUGCCCCCCCCACUAGGGAGACCCCCACGGAGAGUCUCCUGAGCCGUGACCCGUCACCCCACAAGGAAGGCUCCAUAAAACAACAGGAAGUCCACGUUUCCUAGGAUGGGCGUUUUCCUGUGGAGAGGACAGAGAGCUUGUGAUAAGGUCACUAUCAACACAGCGUAGACGGGACCUUCAAUUCCCACUAGCAACACAUCUUGCAUAAUUAGGAAAUGGCGUCUCUUGCCCCCUAGAGGACGAGUGGAGAACGACUGGAGAAGUGUUGACCGAAGACAAGACAGGAAGCAGUGGGGUGUCUCCAAAACUUUAUUUUCUGAUCAAUUAUCAAAUUAUCAAUUAUCAAAUAUUCAAUGAUGCGUUCAAUUUGACUUAGUAGAAUAGGCUACUCAGAAACCAUAAAACACAUUUAGGUCUUUGAGGUGCCGUCAUGUUUUUCUCCUGACGAGCCCCAGUCUACGUCACGCGUGUGCCAAACACUUGCACCAGUCGCGUGCGUGUUUUUUUUUUUAACUGCUGGAUAGAGCGAUUGCUGACCCACGCCACGCACGCCACUUUCUCCGUUCCCCAGUGUGCACCAUUCGGUCGUAAAUCCUCCUCCCCUUGCACGGCUAAUACGUCACUUGCUGCUGCUAGCGCCGCUAAGGACGUGCACGGCCAAGUGCGCAGCUCCGUGGACGCCCCCACGACAACUAGGUUAGCCCACGGCAGCGAGGCAGCAUGGCCACAGGAAGCCGAGGGAUUGCGCCGAGAUCCAGCGUCCGUCAUGUGGACACCGUGUCUGCGUCACAGCCGUAGCCGAGGACCUGCGCUCGAUCCACGGGGUCUUCUCUGCUCAGACGACGCUAGUGGUAGUAGUGGAGGAGGAGGUUGACUCCACGCGUGGAUUUAAAGAGCCAUGGAGGUAACAGCCGAAGCGGUGCUCGCCGCCACCAACGCCGCCGCCGCUGCCACGAAACCUCCACCUCUCUGUUACGGCGGACCCUCCCACGGUCUCCUGGAGUGGCGUCGGCGGGUCCGUUCGGAGUAUAUGCGCCUUCGCCAGUUAAAGCGCCUUAAGAAAGCCGAGGAGGUCAAGGCCGUCUUCAUGUCCAACCGGCAAAAAAUUGAGGAGCAGACUAGCAUCCUGAAUGAAGAAUGGUCCAAACUGAGGAUCCAGUCUGUCCCCCUGUCUGCCUCAAGUGGACCUGUGGCUACAAAGAAGAAAUCCCGGCCUUCUUUACAGAUGUGCACGGUGGAGUCCGGCUUCCCGGGGUUCAAGGUUCAAGCCGUCGCUAUGAAACCUUUGUCCACGGUGGCAGGAAUCCCCUUCAUGUACUCCUGGUCGCCGCUGCAGCACAACUUUAUGGUGGAGGAUGAGACGUUCCUGCACAACAUUCCCUACAUGGGUGACGAGGUGCUGGAGCAAGAUGAGGCCUUCCUGGAGGAGCUGAUUGACAACUACGAUGGCGUCCACGGUGACAGAGAGGGGGGGUUCAUUAGCGACGAGAUCUUUAAGGAGCUGGUGGAGGCCUUGAGUCAGUACUCUGACCACGAGGACGACGACGACGACGAGGAGGAAGCGGCGGCAGAGGCGGCGACAAAGAAGGAGGACGAGCGAGCAAUGAGGCGUAGCUCGGCGGAAGCUUCCGAGGAGACCAAAGCGCCGUUCAUCAGGAGGAAGAGGAGGAACAUUGUUGAGGUACGGGACCCGUCCAGCAGCAAGAAGAUCCCCAGCGACAAGAUCUUCACAGCCAUUGCCUCCAUGUUCCCGUACAAAGGCACCACAGAGGAACUGAAGGAAAAGUACAAGGACCUCCUGGAGCCCCCAGGCCCGGUCAAGCUGCCCCCGCUGUGCACCCCCAACCUGGACGGCCCCUUUGCAAAGUCAGUGCAGAGGGAGCAGUCGCUGCACUCCUUCCAUACGCUCUUCUGCAGGCGAUGCUUUAAAUACGACUGCUUCCUGCACCCUUUCCACGCGACACCCAACGUGUACAAAAGGAAGAGUAAGGAGAUCCGAAUGGAGACGGAACCGUGCGGCGUGGACUGCUUCCUGUUGCAGAAAGGGGCUAAAGAGUUUGUGGAUCAAAACAUGCUGCGCUCUCAGAGGUUUCGGAAGAGGCGCAGGCAGCAGCAACAUCAACAACAACAGCAACAACAACAGCAACAACAACAACAGCAGCAGCAGCGGCCCACCAGCUCAAGCUGCCCCGAACCUCCAUCUGGUUCUACCGAGGAGAGCAAAGAUGGAGAAAGCGACCAUGAGACCACAUCCUCCUCAGAGGGCAAUUCACGUUGUCAGACGCCUACCAAGCUGCGUCCGGUUGAGGACGAAGGCGAGCAGCAUCAGCAGCAGCUUCACCAGCAUCAGCAGCAACAGCAGCAGCAGGCGGCGUGCUGUGUGGUCGAGUGGAGCGGUGCGGAGGAGUCGCUCUUCAGGGUUCUGCACGGCACCUACUUCAACAACUUCUGCUCCAUCGCUCGCCUCAUCGGCACCAAGAACUGCAAGGAGGUGUACGAGUUUGCAGCGAAGGAGGUCCUCAUCCAUCGCGUCCCCCUGGAGGAUGGAGGCAUCUCUCCGCAAAAGAAGAAGAGGAAACACAGGUUAUGGGCAAAGAUUCAGCUCAAGAAAGAUAACUCGUCCAAUCAGGUGUACAACUACCAGCCGUGUGACCACCCAGACCACCCAUGUGACAGCACCUGCCCGUGCGUGAUAACGCAGAAUUUUUGCGAGAAGUUCUGCCAAUGCGAACACGAAUGCCAGAACCGUUUCCCGGGCUGCAGAUGUAAGACACAGUGCAACACCAAGCAGUGUCCCUGCUACUUGGCUGUCAGGGAGUGCGAUCCGGAUCUGUGCAUGACCUGCGGCGCUGCCGACCACUGGGACAGCAAAGUGGUCUCAUGCAAGAACUGCAGCAUCCAGAGAGGCCUGAAAAAGCACCUCCUGUUGGCGCCCUCCGACGUCGCUGGAUGGGGCACCUUCAUCAAAGAGCCCGUACAGAAGAACGAGUUCAUCUCGGAGUAUUGCGGCGAGCUCAUCUCCCAGGACGAGGCGGACCGUCGAGGCAGAAUCUACGACAAAUACAUGUCCAGCUUCCUGUUCAACCUGAACAACGACUUUGUGGUGGACGCCACAAGGAAAGGCAACAAAAUCCGCUUUGCCAAUCACUCGGUCAAUCCUAACUGCUACGCCAAAGUGGUGAUGGUGAACGGAGACCACCGCAUUGGAAUCUUUGCCAAGCGGGCCAUCAUGCAGGGGGAGGAGCUUUUCUUCGAUUACAGAUACAGCCAAGCCGACGCCCUCAAGUAUGUGGGCAUCGAGCGGGAAGUGGACAUGUCUUAGCCCCGCUGUCCUUAAGCCCGCGAAAACGUCUCCGUCCCUCUCCGCAGCAUCGCACGUCAUCUCUGUCCUCGCUGCUGCGCUUCCAAAAAUAGAUCUCCAACCCCUCCCUGCUUGUUUGCAGGUGCAUUCCCCCCCCCCCCCCCCCCGCCCCCACUGCAGACAAAGCUCCGCCUCCAGCAGUAUGUAUACGCCACGCUUCUCAAUAUACUAUUAGUCCGUGUUGCUGAGGGUUCUUCUUUCUGUUCAUCUAAGAUCCAAGAUCCUGCAGCUUAGUGUAGUUCUGUUACAGCGCUCUUUUUUUUUUUUUUUUUUUUUUUUAGACUUUAAGGCUCAACUUCCGUUCCUCCAGCGCCGGCUUUCGCUAGCAAGCAUGCACGUGCCGUCUUUCAAGAUAAAUAAACGCAUUUAGUUCAAGCAGCAGUUCAAGUAUCGUUCCAUCACCGUGGUGUAAAAACCUGCAUUUACUUCCUUGUUCUGCAGCCAGAAAAUAUGUAAUAGGCAAGAAACCGACUGACUGAAUGUAACCUAUAGAUGGCGACGGCGAAGAGAUCUCACCUAUUUUGUAUUGUUUUUUUUUUUUUAAUUAUUAUUUAACGCAUUUACAGGUCAAUUUGGUACUUUGGUAGCAUUUUUAGUUGACAGGCAAAGUGAUUAAUCAAUUAACACAGCUAACGUCUUCCUUCAUAAGUCAGAGAAGGUGCCAAAAUGGUUCCACAUAAAAAUAAGAAGGCGUAUUGGGGCCACACUGAAAAGGAAAGUCUGAAUAAAGAAUCUAUUUAUAUGAGAAAAUUCUGAAUUUUAAUAGAAAAGUCACAAUUUUUAUAUCUAAUUUUAGAGGAAUUAAAACAAAUUUUAGUAAAAUAACAUGAUCUUUUUGACCAAAAAAUUAAUUCAUAAUUAAUCAUUUCACAAUGCAUACAUUUUUAAUAAAGUUAUAAUUUCCAGAGACUAAAGAAAUAAUUUUAAGAGGAAAUACAAAUUAUUUAAAUUAAAUCCAUAAUAAAUUUUACAUGGAUUAAGUCAUAAUUUUACAUAAAUAUGUUGUUAAUAUGUAGGGGAAAAGGUGUAAUUUUACAUUGAAGCCCUGGUUUUAUGAGAAUAAAACAUAAUUUGCUCCAAUAAGAAGAAAGUCCCAACAUAAUUAGUAGGAAGUCGUAACAAAUUUAAAUUAUACAAAAAAACAAACUCAAUGUGUUAUGUAUACAUUUUAGGAAAGCAAAGUUUACAAUAAUUUUAUGAAAUAAAAGGCAAAAAAAAAGGAAUUGUCUUAAUUUUUUCAGAGGAAGAAAAUUUUACAAAAAAAAUUACAUAGUAAUUUUACUCAAAUAAAAACUCCAGUGAAUUUUAUGUGAAUAAAAUAUAUAACAAUAAUAUUACAAAAUAUUUUUACACGAAAAAAGCCUCAUAUUAGAAGUAUGAAGUCAUCAUUUUGUUGAGGAAAAAGUCACAAAUUUAGGAGUAAUUUUACAAAAACAACAAGAAAACAAACCAAAAGUCAGAAAUAUAAACUCAUAAUUUUGAGUUUUCAUAAUUUUAUCCAAUAAAUAUGACUCCCCGCUUUUUUUCCCCAAUAAAAUACAUGUAUUCUUGUUACAUUACGACUUUUUUUUUACAUAGAAUUACACAGCAGUGUGGCCCUAAUGCUCCUCCAAACAAGCGACAAAUGCAGAAAUACGACAAAACAACCAAGCGAAACCGUAUUGAACCAAAUCUGAACCCCCCCCCCUGUAAUGUGAAUGUGAAACCUCAUCAAACCUAAUCAGAUCUGUUUUCCCAUUACGACUUAUAAAGAGGUCUUUGUCAAUACAAUAUAAAGGAGUUGACAGCUAUGUACAGCGAAUGCCUAUAGUAAUAAUAAUAAAAAAAAUAAAGGUUUAACUUUAUACAUUAAAUGUGUUUCCUGGUGGUGCUUGUCUGCAUUUAAAAAAAAAAACUCCACUGUGUCCUUCAGGAUUUUUUUUAUUGAGGUGAAUUUGGUUUAUAUAUACAAUAAUGAUAAUAAUCAUAAUAAUGGACAUUUACAGUGACACAAAGAUAAAGUGAGAGCACAAACCGGAAUUAGUGUUUUGAUGGAACUCGGCUAAACAACAUCUUGCCCCCUCUAGUGGGCAUUUAAGGCUCUUGUCACCCUAAAUUGCCUUUAAUUGUGUGCAACAGGAAGUGAAUCUGGGUUGUUGGCAAAUACUACCAGGAAGCUAGCCAGCCAAACAGUUAGUUAGCCAGGCAACCAGGAAGUUGUCAAGACAAACAGGAAGCAAGCCAGUCAACCAGGAAGUUAGCUAGGCUACCAGGAAGUUAGCUAAGAAAAAGACAUGAGUCAUGCCAAAUUAAAAGACAAGAGCAAGUAAACAAACACACUUCAUGGACAGUGCGUGGUAAGUGAGAUGCUAAGCUAACAAGCUAACAGUAAUACAUUUUGUCAGUGUUCAUUUUAAACACCUAAUCCUGCCGUUUACAUUCAUCUUUACAGCGUAUUCUUCAAAAAUAUAGUGUUAUCAUUGCCAGCAUCUAUCAGUACAUUAGCAUACAUUGUUAGCCGCACGCAGUAGUUUUGUACUUUUAGCAUCAUCCCUCUGUACAAUCAAGCAAUUCAAAAGUAGAAACUAAGAAAUGUACAUUCCAAUAGCUAAAGGGAGCAAGUAAUUGUACUUUCUCUGUCUGUCCUGAGCUUUCUGUAAAGCUAGCUUAAACGUCAAAAUGGAAUUAAAGUCUCUUAAAGGAACAGUAACAUAGUAAUGACUGCUACUGCAAAGCUCAAACUUAAAGUCGCAUCUGAGUUGAAUGGGACGCUACCAUAAGACGCAUGAAAUAUCAGUAAAAAGUUAGCGUUACACCAUUAUGCCCCCCCCCUCACCCCCCCACCCGUACGUUUACAGUGAUUUUGGGUGAAAAUACAUUAGCACCUUUUUUAAUCUCUUUUAAACCUUUCCGCCUUGGUGCGGUUCAUAUGGUUGUGGUAUUGACGGAAUUGGAAAUCAUAAAUUUAAGCUUUAAAGAAGUGCUCACCAAACUUUUAGAGACCAAGAUCCUCGGUCUCCGCCAUGAAAUUGUGCAAAAUCCGAGAAAAAAGUGCAUUUUUUUUCUAAUUGGGACUUAUUUUUACCAAUUUUUUAAACCAACUUUAAACAUUAUUUUAGCUGGUAAAUUAUUUUUUUUGUUUGUUUUCACAUUUCAACUACAAGAAUAGUCGGGUUUAUGACAUUAUUUUACAAAAAAUAUAAUUUUACAAAAAAAAAGUCAAAAUAGCAAAAUAUUUUUCAAGAAUUAAAUAUGUAAUUUUUCCAGAAUUUUUUUUUUUGUAUCAAAUAAUAAUUUUGCAACAAACUUACUGAUGGUAUUUUUAGUAUUAGUUACAGUAAGUACAUAUUUAUUGAUAAUAAAUACACAGUACAGUACAAACAAAGCACGCAGGUGUCAUGGCGGAGGAGUUCAAUGUUUGGCUAAAUUUUACAUACGUCAAAUUGCUUUGAGUUAUGAAACGGUUAGCACCAUGUUGUUUUUAUACGUCAGUCUGCUACUGCUACAUUAUCCAUGUAAUUAUGACCGUUUCUGGCAUGUUGUCUUUGUUAGCACUGUUAGCAAUUCCUGUUUACAAGUUGCAAUGUCAGGUGUUUUGGGUUUUUUUUUGUUAUGAAAAGGAACCGCACCAAGGUGGGAACAGACCCAUGUUUACAAACUACCAAAUUAUGCUAACCAUGCAAGUGAAAGCACCUAGUAUGGUCGUCAAUUCGCCACCUCAUUAUUAUUAUUAUUAUUACAGUAUUAUAUUUUUAAGUAAAUACUGCCACCGGCAAAGCUGCGAUCUACUGUACAGCACGACUAACACAGUAUUGUUUGUUUACCACGUACUUUGUGUAUACGUGAUGCACAGUUAUGCUUGAAACUUACAGUAUUUUAUGUCUUGUAAUAUUUGUAUUCAUUCUUUGCCAGCAUAUUUCAUUCACAAACAAGUCUUGUUUUGUUAUUUUUUUCGUAUAUUUUUGAAGUAAUCACGGAGAGAUUGUCGUCAAUGAAGGUAUAGCUUUCACGUACAGUCGGAUAUCAGGAGGUUAAGUUAGAAUUAAUUUUCAUAUCUAGUUACUUAAGGGGGGGGGUCAAGCUUGCUCAGAUGAGGCACUUCAGUAUUUCACCCUGCAGGACAGAGUGAGACUUGUUGGCGACUGGC